CUCUUGUCGUGCUGGCUUGCGUUCUGCUGUCAAGCAACGUCGCCACGCCGUCCCGCCUGCUCAUGGUCGUGUCGUUCGCGUACGCCUACGUGUCGACCGUGAUGCUGGCCGGAGGAAUCGUGUCUCCCUUCACGCAGACUCACCUACGACUCUCGCUCUACUUCCUCUUGUACCACAUAGUGGGCAGCGGAUUCUUCGUCCUCAGUGGCGGCUGGCUCCUGACAGACAUCAGGGGCGAAGUGUUCGCUGGAGUCGCUGGGGCAAUCGCUUUAGCUUGUGGGGUGGUCCACUUUCUGCACGGCUUCAUGGUCUUCGUCGCCGUCUUCAACCAGCCGGCCGCCAGCGCGACCCCUCGAGUUAGAAUCGUUCGCUAACGCGGCAACUAUUACACGGGCCACCGCG